AAAUUAGUUUUGAUGCCGCCAUAAGAAAAAUAAACACGGUCUAGGGUUCAAAGUCUGAAAAAAAUUUAACGAGAGUCUUUUCAACUGAAAUCCUGCAUAUGCAUUUUAUGAAAUUUUGAUCACCACCAACGAUUAGUCUGGCAAGGUACUAAAUUGGUGUACUUGCCCAAAUGAAAGCUUGACACUUCAGGCCUUGCCCACAAGUUGCUCUUUAUCAUUUUGCAAAGUAUUCAGCUAGCUAGCUAUAUGACUGGUUGUGCUGCAUAAUUGGGUCUUUUGAUUACUUACAAUGGCUGAGGCACGAGCUGCUGUUCAUGAACCAAAAGUACGAUAUCAUGAAGAAGGAACCAGUGAAAUUGAACAAGAAACAAAAGUAGCUAAAAGUUUUUUCCAAGAUUUAAAGAUCUGUGCAUUUCGAACAAGACGGCAGAUUUACAAUGGGUUGUGGCCAACCACAUGGGACAAUCUGCUUGCAGCACUGGCAGUUGUAUUUCUAAUGAUGUACAUUGAUCAUCCAAAAUUGAAUGUGAUUAGCAAAUACUUUUGGUUGGUUGGUGAUUACAUGUAUUUAGAUGACUCGUACCCAUACUUCUUCAGAUUGUUUAUGAUCUCACUUAUUUCAUCGAUUGUUUAUUUCAUUGUAAUUUUGUAUACUCGACAAUACAUUUUGAGGUUUUUGCUGGCAUAUAAAGGCUGGCUUUAUCAACCACCUCGCUCACAGAGUAUAAUAGUCAUUAUCUGGGCCCUUAUUGUUCGAGUUGUAAGUGGUCGUCACCCAAGAUUGUAUGCCUAUCAAAACAGUUUACCACGCAUGAAUGUUCCUCCACUAAAAAGUACUGUUAAAAAGUUUAUGGAGUCCGUAAAACCAGUUUUGGGAAGAGAAGAAUACGAAGAAAUGGAAAAAAAUUCAAAAGAGUUUCUGUCCACAAUUGGCCCAAAGUUGCAAUGGAUUUUGCAGUUGAAAUCAUGGUGGGCACCAAACUAUUGCACUGAUUGGUGGGAGAAGUAUGUUUACCUGAUGGGUCGUGAUCCUAUCAGUAUAAACAGUAACUAUUAUUGCUUAGAUCAAGGAAACUGGGUUCCAACACCUAUUCAAACUUCUCGCGCAGCUGGAAUCACAUGUUUAAUGUUAAUAUUUAAGAACCUUCUGGAUACGGAAAAGUUAGAUCCUCUUGUUAUAAGGAAAACUAUUCCCUUGUGUAUGUGGCAGUACCAGAGGAUGUUUGGGACAGCAAGGGUUCCAAGAACCGACCAAGAUAAAAUUAAACAUUGCCCUGGAUCAGAGCAUAUUGUUGUGUUAUCAAAAGGACACUUCUAUAAAUUAUACGUUGUUGACGCGCAUGGAAAGAAAUUAAAUGUGUUGGAUUUACAGGGCCAAUAUGAAUGGAUAUUGAAAGAUGCAGAAACUCAAACAACAUCAACAGAAGCAGAGUGUCGAAUCCCAGCACUUACUGGCAGCGAGCGUAACAGUUGGGCACGAGUACGUCGUGAACACUUUACAUCUGGCAUCAACAAAAACUCCUUACAAGCCAUCGAAGAAGCAUUAUUUUUGGUCGUGCUUGAUGAGAAUGAAUGUACGGACAUGUCAACACGUGGUAAACAUUUGAUGCAUGGUGACGGAGCAUCUCUUUGGUUUGACAAAACUAUGAACGUUGUCGUCUUCAAAGAUGGGCGGAUGGGAAUGAACUGUGAGCAUGCGUGGGCUGAUGCACCUGUUAUUGGACAUUUGAUGGAAUAUGUGUUAACGCACGAAUAUUUGUAUCGUAUGUACGAUGAUCAAGGUAAUUGUAAACCGUUCUUAUCAACUGACACUAAGCAAGUGUUUAAAAGAUCGAAUGCUGUCAUCACUCCAAUGAGAUUGUACUGGGAUGUGAAUAAAGAAUUAGCAAAAAGUAUUGACGAAGCGUACAAAUUUUCUAUUAAGAAUAAUAAUGAUUUGUCGUUGGCAGUACGAAAACAUGACUUGUUUGGGAAAGGUUUUAUUAAAACUACCAAGAUGAGUCCUGAUGCGUAUAUCCAAAUGGCGUUGCAACUGGCAUAUUACAAAGAUUCCGAGCAAAGCUUCGCUUUGACUUAUGAAUCGUCGAUGACAAGGUUGUUUUUACAAGGUCGCACUGAAACUGUACGCUCACUAACUGAGAACGUUAAAGAGUUUGUUAUCGCCAUGAAUGAUGUAAACGUAUCCGCUAAGGAAAAAUACCGACUCAUGCAGGCAGCUGCUUCAAGGCAUCAGAGGCUGUAUCGUGAUGCGAUGAGCGGGAAGGGAAUAGACCGGCAUUUAUUUUCGUUGUACAUCGUUUGUCGUGGACAAGGAUAUGAGAGUCCGUUUCUAAAAGGAGCGUUAACCUUACCGUGGACUCUAUCAACCAGUCAACAACCUCAACAGCAAAUGGAUAGAGGUUUCGAUCUCAAUAUACCAGAAGUACAAGACACGCUUUCACCUGGCGGAGGUUUUGGACCAGUUUCAGAUACAGGGUAUGGUGUAUCGUAUAUGAUACCAGAUGAAGAACUUAUAUAUUUUCACGUUUCAUCCAAAAAGUCUGCAAAAAACACGGAUAGUCAGCGAUUCGUUGAAAAUAUAUUUUGGGCAUUAUCCGAAAUGAAGAGGGUGGCUUUGGAAGCAAAAAGGUAGUGGCGUAGUUCGUUUUAGUUGCCUAGUUAUCAUGUUUCGUCUGAUUUGCACCGCGCUUGAAAACAGGUACCAAUUUGGAAAAAAAGUUCCAGCAACUUUCCUCCUUAUGGGAGCGAUAAUCAGAGAAAAUAUGGUAUUUAGGAUGUGUAAGUAUAAUAUUGUUAAAUUUUUUAAAAAUUUGAGAAUUAAUAAUCACUGUAUGUAUGUGUAUAUAUAUGUAGCCUUAAAUGUCGGCUUCCGUUAAUAUGAACAACUGUUCUACAACCGCUGUACAGCAGUAGUCGUUACGAAUAUAAUGGAAACACAUGUUGUACAACAGCAACGCAAUGUUACACAAUAAUUGUUGUAGAGAUGGAUUUUUCGAUCUCCACAACAAUUGCACAAUAUUUACUGACGUUAAUAGAAACCAACCUUCGAAUUGUAGCAGAAUUCAUUCAAUUUGUUUUUGCGUAGUUGAGCAGGAAUUUGUUUUAUUAGGUGUGUGUUUCACGAUUUUAUUUGUACCGCUUGUUAAAACCAUUUUUUGCUACGAGCUGUUAAAGGUUUUGUAGAAGAUUGAAAAGUUUUUAUCUGUUUGUAGAUUUUAUCGCACUGCGUUUGUAAGUGUUUUACUUAUUGUACUCAUAAUAAAAAACGAAAUCUCCAAA